AUGGACCGCAAGUCGAUUCUAGGAAGAGCCUCCCUCUCGUUCCCCGCGAUCGACGGUCUCCUCGAUAUGGAUCAACUGCUCGAGGCCAAUCCUUGGAAUCAGAUCAACGAUUUCGUCCAGCACAAUUUCCUGCAAAACAUCCUCGACCAAUUUAACCAAAAUGUCGCCGUCAACCCGAAACUCGCCCCCGCAGGUGAGCAACAGAAAGGAACCUCUUUCACAUGCUUCCACCAAUCCAGCGUUUUAUCGUCGACAUUAACAACAGAUGGUAAGAGAACGACUCGUAAAGGCGAGACGAGCCGAACCAACGGAGGGGCAGCGGCGGAAGGGGGACGACGAAAACCGAAGGAGAGUGAAAAACAAGCCUCGAGAAGGAGCGAGAGUGGGAAGACGAACGUGUCGGAGGAAAAGACGAAGAAAGUUGGAAAAUUAACGGCGAAUCUUCCGAGAAACAUCGCGAGGAGAAAAGGGGAGAAGAAAGUCGCGAAUGCUUCCAGAACGCGUAAAAAUGAACGCGUCGGGGCGAUAAAAGAAGCCAAGUGCGACGCUGGUAAGAAAGGAGAAGAGAAACCGAAAGGAAAGCCUGAGGGAGAGGCGAGAAGAGCGAGAGCCAACGUCUCGAUGAUACGCAAACCAGCAUACGUAGCGCCGAUAAUGAGAGGUGCGAGAAGUGCGCCGAUUAACAGCACGGGUUCGAAAUUGCCGGUGUUAACCAGCACGCCGAAACGCGACAGUUCGCGAAUUAGCAAUUCCAGCGGGAAGGAAGGUGUUAUCGCGAAGCGUUUCAACGGCAGCUGCUGUAGCACAUCGGUAGCCGCUGAGAAGAGCGUGAAACGCAAAUGCGACGCUACGACGACGACGAGGAUUAAAGAAGAAAAGAGCGUGGAAAGCAACGAGGCGACUUUAACGCGGUUAAGAUCGAAGAAAACGGAGGAAAGAACGGGCAACACAGAGAGAAAACGACUGAUCGAGAAACGGGAGAGACGAAAGAGGAGGAAAAUUCGGAGGCACGAGAAAAAAGCGGAACGAGCUAUGGUAGAGUUUAAUCACCACGUAAUGCGCAUCGUCAAACAAAUGCGUUAUCGUCCAGAAAACGGGCAGAUCGUCUCCAGCAACGACUUCUCCGACGAAUCGUCUUCCUCCGAUUCUAGCUCCUCUUUUAGUUCGUGCUCCUACUGUAGCGCGUGUAGCUGCUGA